GAUUUUUCAAAAAAUCUCUCCUAUUGUGUAAAGUGGAGAAUUAGAUGCAUAAUUAUGUCCCUUUCUGCAGCUGGCUGGAGCCUGGGCAUAGAGCCAGUGGAGGGAAAAGCAUGAAGCUGCCUCUUUAAAAGAAUCCAAGGGGCAGUGCGCAGUGCCGGCUUCGAGUGCAAAAAAACUUCAAAGAAGGGCAGAACCAAACAAACAACACAACACAACAAAACCAACCGAAUCAAAGCAGCCAGAAAGGUCCAGUGAAAGGAAAAAGUGUCAAAGGAAUAGACUUGGAGCGAUCCAUCUUACGAUGCAAUGAAGGGCUUGAUGGGCAUAAAUGAGUGAAUGGGAAGAAGCUGAUCCAGACAAAGGCAAAGCAAGGCUGGAAGGGACAAAGAAGGUGCAGAUGGGAGCCCACCUAAGAAGGAAGCAUCGUUCAGGUGUGGAUUGGUUCUCUCUGCUGACAGUUGGCUCCACCAUCUGGCUUGUUGUCCAGCUUUGCAUCUUGUUUGCUUUCUUCCUUGUGGAGGUCAUGGCCAGUCGGGUGACAGGGUCUCUGCUGCUGCUCUCCUCCGCUUUUCACACCUUAGGAGGUGCCAUGGGCCUCGCGGUGGCUUUGGCCGACACCUUGCUAACCUCCAGAUGGUGCCACGUCCAGAAGGACACCUUCGGAGGGGCCCGAGUCCAGAUCCUGGGCACGUUGGUCAGUGCCAUGUUCCAAAGCUCGUUGUACUUGACUCUCCUCCCCGAAGUGGUCAUCAGGGUCGUAGCGCCACGGAUCACAGAGCACACCUUGGCACUGAUGGGGAUUGGAGCCGUGGGGAUUCUUGUCCAUCUGGUCAGAGCGUGGCUGAAUGAGAGGCAUUUCCAAGAUGUGGGUCCAAAGCCCUGUUGUAGCAAGAGAAGAAUUACCCAAGCAGAUGGUUGCACCCUGGAGACAGAAGACCUGCUGCAGAAUGGAUCCUCGGGAAGCGGAAGGUCCUGGACAGCAGAUCUCAGUCCUACGGAGUUUGCAAAGAAAGCUGGACAGCUUAUUCUCGAUUGCAUGGUAGCCUGCUUAGGUCCUAUGGCUGUCUUCCUGUACUCCAUCACCUACCACUUGCUCCUACAAAGGACUCAAUGUGUUGAUCAUACAGCUUGCCUGAAUGACUGUCCUACGUGUUCAAUAUGGAACAGGUCUGUGUCAUUGGAGUAUACGCAAAUGCCUUGUUGGCUGCUUUACUUGGACCCUGGACUUGCCAUUGUGGUGGCUGUCACCCUCUUGCUCUUGGCGUGGCCGGCUUUGCACGGUUCCUCCUUGGUGCUCCUGCAAGCUGUGCCAGACCACUUGGACCUCCAUUUAUUGGAGCAGCACUUGUGUGACACAGAAGGCGUGGUGGCCCUGAAAGAACUCAACGUCUGGCAGCUGGACGGUCCCACCAGCUUGAUAGCUACUGCCCAUGUAUGCUGCCUUGACGUAACCCAGUAUCAAGCUGUGAUCAACAGCAUGCAGCAGGUCUUUGGCGAACACGGGAUCCAUGCCACCACAGUACAGCCACAUCUCAGCCUUUGCCCUGCGCAUAGCAGAAAAUGUGAUGCAACCCAAUAUAAGAAGUGCCUGGCCUCAAAUCCUGCAGAAGUAAUAGAAUAUGAAACGACAGUGUGAGCAUUGCACGGUGAGAAUGAGCAGAGAGAAAGACGAAAAAACAAAAUGAGAAAUGACUGCAAUGCAAUGCAUCAAGAUAAAGGAAUUUUUAUUUGUAUUUCCGCCCCUUCUUCUUUCCCUUAGCUGGGAAAAGAUCUGAUUUUUCAGUUCACAGCUUGGCAGCCUCUAUGAACUCUGCCUGGGCCAACUGCCAAAAGAAAUGCCAUUCGUGUGUUAGAAUGCUGCCCUAUUUUCAUAGCUCAUUAAGAUUUGGUAGGAAAUCAAAACAAAUACUUGAUCACAGUUCGGGGUUUUUAUUUUUAUUCCACGAAUUAAUAUCCAUAUAUUCUAUUAUGACAUGAUCACCUCUUGGUCCUGUAAACAGUGUUUAUUUUAAUAUAUUGUUGAAGCCUUUCAUGGCUAGAAUCACUGGGUUUGUGCUGUCGCGUGCUGGGCCUGUGAUAAUGUCUGUUUAUAGGACAUGCUUUCUGUAUGCCCAACAGGAUGCCGGGGUGCCUCAGCCAAAGGGUCCCAUAGGUUUCCCAAAACAAAGUUCUGUAGAGGCUCAAAAUAAGUCCAACAAAGUUCUUUAUUAAGGCUUCAAUCUUCGAACAAAUGAAUAAAAUGCCAUAUAAGCUUGAAAAACUGGUAGCUUUCUCAAUCUGCCGACAAGGGACAGGCAACUGCUUGAUAAACUGUUCCUUUAGGGAAACCUUCCGACCCCUCCUUGGGCAAUCCUUCUUA